AUGGGUUUUCAUUGGUUCUGGCUUCGGACCGUCGAGGCCUGGCUUACUGCCCGGCUGCUGGCCAGCCCAUCAUUUCACCGGAUGGUUGGGAGAGUCCAUCAAAAGGUGCAGCACAUUCGUCAUGGUGUACCUCCCGAAGAGAUGGGAGGUACCAAGAUCGACAAGAAUAAUGAUGGCCUUCAGCGUUUCGCUCGAUAUUUCAAGGAAGAGAUUAAGGAUCAGCUCAAGGGCAAACCGUCAAACAAGCCGUGA